GAAAACGCUGACUACAGCACACGCCACUAUAUUUAUUCUUUAUGCCUAUCGAAAAAAGCCGUGGGUUCCGGCAUCUGUAUUUUAUUUACCAGCGGUAUAAUUAAUAUAGAAAUAAAAUGACAAUCGGCAAGAACAACAAAAUGAUUCAGCACCUGAAUUAUCGGGUGCGAAUCGUGCUUCAGGACUCGCGUACCUUCAUCGGUACCUUCAAAGCCUUCGACAAACACAUGAACUUGAUCCUAGGAGAUUGCGAGGAGUUCCGUAAGAUUCGCUCGAAGAAUUCAAAGGUGCCGGAGCGCGAGGAGAAGCGCGUUCUGGGCUUUGUAUUGCUGCGCGGCGAGAACAUAGUUUCCCUGACGGUGGAGGGACCACCGCCGCCGGAAGAGGGCCUGCCCCGAGUUCCCAUUCCGGGAGCAGCACCUGGCCCGGGAAUUGGUCGCGUGGCCGGACGCGGAGUGCCCAUCAAUAUGUCCGCCGUGCCAGCAGGUCUCCAGGGUCCCGUAAGAGGUGUGGGCGGACCCGCCCAACAACACAUGGCUCCAAUGGGACGAGGAGUGCCCCGAGCUCCGAUGAUGGGUGCCCCGCCACCAGGCAUGAUUCCCGGCGGCAUGCCCUCGAUGCCAGGAAAUAUGGGACGCGGUGCUCCCCCUCCGAUGCGCGGUCCGCCGCCCAGCAUGAUCCGUGGAGCACCACCACCGGGCAGGGGUGGCUAUUAAAUAUAAAGUACAAACUAAUAAAAACUCAUUUAGAAAACA